GAACGGACAGUUGGACGUCUAGUCGUGAUGACGACGACGAACGGUCGGGGGAAAUGCGCGCGACGCGCACUACCCGACACCACGGCGAUCGCAGGACGCAUGGCCAUCGGCAUCAUCGCGAGGAGCACGUACGUGCGAAAUCGAAGAUAACGAUGCCAACGUUCGAAGGAGUAGAUCCGGAUGCAUGGUUAAGUCGUGCCGUGAAAUUCUUCGAGAUCAAUGAGGUACACAAGUCUGAAAGAGUUCAAAUUGCUGCCUACUACUUGGAUGGGGAAGCCAACACAUGGUGGCAAUGGGUGUCACAUGUUUAUAAAAAUAAAGGCGAGCAAAUCAGGUGGCGAGAUAUUGAGAAGGAGCUGAUUGCCAGGUUUGGAUAUAGCGAAUACUUUGAUUAUGAUGAGGCGCUGACAAGGAUCCGCCAAACCGGUAGUCUACGCGACUAUCAGAAGGAGUUUGAGAGAAUAGCAAGCCGGGUUCAGGAUUGGCCCGAAAAGGCACUAGUAGGUGCGUUUGUAGGAGGCUUAAAGGCUGAGUUGGCUGCAGAGGUACGAUUGGACAGGCCAAGGUCAACAAGGGCUGCCAUGGAAGCAGCACGACUGCACGAGGAUCAUCUCGCGGCAGUGCGCAGGGCCAGACCAAGCGAGGGGCGCACGAACGUUCGGUGCGCGAGCGUCGCGGUCGACGAUACGCCCCCACGGGCCGAGGUCAAACCCACAGUCGGCGAUGGUACACGCACCACAAGCAACUACCGAUGGCUGACGGAGGAUGAAAUACAAAGGCGAAGGGAAAAAGGCUUGUGCUUUACUUGCAACGAGAAAUUUGGAAAAGGAAAGAGGAGAUGUCGGGAGGAUUCCGAGGAGAGAAGUGAUAGAGAUGAGGAGGGAGAUGAUAGAGAUGGUCGGGAUGGUCGAGGGAAGAGGCCAAGGAAAGAUGGAGAUAGGGGAGGUGAAAGAGGUGAAACCCCUGUAAAGAGAGGGACGAUUUAUAUGAUAUCAGGAGGGCCGACGGAUGGCAACUCGAACAAUGCCAGGAAGGAGCAUGCUCGAGCAGUAAAAAGAAAGAAAGAGGAGGUUGGAAUCACGGUACAUAUGCCGGUUAUAAGUUUCAAGGCGGCGGAUGUUGAAAGAGGGGUGUUACCUCACAAUGAUGCUUUGGUGAUUACCGCGGAGGUUGCGGGUUUUGAUGUGAAGAGGGUGUUCAUCGAUACUGGAAGUUUGGUAGAUGUAAUGUUCUAUGAUAGUUUUUCGCAGAUCAACAUUGAGCUGAAUAUGGAGUUGAAGCCGGUGGCCACGGCUCUCUAUGGCUUUAAUGGAGGAGAGGUGAUGCCGAUAGGGGAGGUGAGUUUGCCAGUGGCGCUGGGAUCAGGAGUGACGAGGAAAGUGUGGAUGGUAAGGUUUGUGGUGGUAGGAGCUGAGUCAUCUUACAAUAUUAUUAUGGGGAGGACGAGCUUGAACGCGUUCCAGGCGGUCGUAUCCACGUACCACAUGAUGAUCAAGUAUCCUGUGGGCGAAAACGUAGGUGAGAUUGUCGGGAAUCAACUUACUUCGAGAAGUUGUUACCAGACAACA